GGUUAUAACCGUGUACUUUCAAACAUAAGAGACAAAAACAAACCGGUAGCGUCCAAACAAACUACCAUGGCCUCCCACGAUCCGGACUUUGAUUUUAUGUUCGUCACGCUGGUUCAGAGCUUCCCGAGUCUGUGGGACACGAGCACGGCCGAAUACUGGGACGCCGACCAGCAGGAGAGUGCGUGGCAGGAACUGGCCGCGGAUAUCGGUGAUGGAUAUACCGUCGCGCAGUGCAAAUCCACGUGGACCACGAUGCGGGAUGCCUUCACCAAAUACCGCCAUGGGUUGGCCGAAGGGACAAAUCCGGAGAAGUACCCUCUGGCCGACUCGAUGGAAUUCCUGGUUCCGUUUAUGAAAGGCGAAAACGGCGACGCGGAAGUCAAAACCGAACCUUCCGUGGUAGGUAACGGGGAAUCGUCGGAUCCUGGCGCCGGCCACAUGGGCAGGGUGGCCAUUGCAGCGGCCGCCGCCUUGCAGUCCGGCUCAACGAUCGUCACCAAUGUGGUCGACGAAAGCUGUACGCACAACGUGACCGUAACGGUGGCGGACCGGCCCCUGUCGGCGAUGCAGGAUCCGACCAGCAGUAGCAGCUACGCGGACGAGGACUACACGAUGGAGGACGAUUCCAACAGUUGCAGUCACAUGGCGGUGAAUGCCAAGGACGGAGACGCGCUGUUUUUGCUGAGCUUGCUUCCGGACAUGAAGCAGAUGAACGAUCAGCAGAAAAGUAAGUUCAAGGCAAAGUUGCUCACCUUGAGUGGGAACAUUCUGACGGCCAAGCCGGGACCGUCUGUUCUGCGAGCGGCGUUAGAUACGUAAGAUUUUGAGAUAUUAUUUAAAUGUAAGCGUUUCUUUAACAUGGAAAUUUCACACAAGAGUUCGAUUAUUCCAGAAGUUUUUUUAUAAGUUCACGUCAAUUGUUUAAAAUCGGAAAUUUCUUUCUUAUUAAAAUUAGGAAUUUCUG